AUGGCAGAAUACGUCACCAUCGACACGUCUGUCGGCUCAUUCACAGUCGAGCUGUACACUAAGCAUGCUCCAAAGACGUGCAACAACUUCCUCAAACUCACAGAGCGGGGUUACUACAACGGCGUUAUUUUUCAUCGUAUUAUCCCGGGCUUCAUGAUCCAAGGAGGUGAUCCCACCGGCACUGGGCGUGGUGGAACGAGCGUCUACGGCGAGAAGUUUGCGGAUGAGCUCUCCCCAGAGCUGCGGUUUGUUGGCGCGGGGAUCCUGGCAAUGGCGAACGCAGGGCCGAACACGAAUGGCUCGCAGUUCUUUGUUACUUGCGCUCCUACUCCCUUCCUCGAUGGCAAGCACACCAUCUUCGGCCGUGUGUCCUCUGGCAUGGACACCAUCAAGCGACUAGAGGCUGUACGGACCGACAAGAGUGAUCGGCCUGUCGAGGAGAUCAAGAUCCACAAGGCGCGACUGGGUGACGCAGGGCAGGCGAACGCUAUCACGAUGGGCUAG